GGUAAAAAAUAAUUUAUGCUGUGUUUGCAGGCAGGGAUGUGACAUAAUCCAAGUUCUUUUAAAAUAAUGUUGGUGGUUUGUGAUGAUGUCAAAGAGGAAACAGAAGCAUCAGACAGACCAGCAGCAGAGAAAAGCCUCAUAACGUUUGCGUGCUGACAGAACGGCACAGAAUGGUCCUGCUUACAUUUCUUCUAAUUCUUGUGCUUCAGUGUGAAGUGGGGCUCAGUGAAACCAAACACGUCUUGUAUCUAACACCUGGAAAUGAUGUCAUUAUGCCCUGUGAUAAUGUGCCUGAUACAUGCUCCAUGGUUAUCUGGGCUUACAGCAAACACGAGUCUCAGACAAUAAAUAUGGUUCAUAAUGGAAUUGUUGAGAAGAACUCAGCUCAAGCUGCCAGACUGAGUCUGCACAGUAACUGCUCGCUGAGUAUUAACAACAUCACUGCAGAGGAUGCUGGUCAAUACUUCUGUCGGCCUGAGGGGACCGCUGAUCAGGACACAACUGUGUACCUAAAUAUUUUGACCAUUUCAGCAUUUCCAUCAGACGCUGAUCCAAUGGAGGAUGGAAACGUCACGUUAGAGUGCUCUCUGUUUAGAUACUAUACUAUCUCUCCUUGUGAACAAAACAGUAUGCGUUGGGUGGAUGAGACAGGAAGUGUGCUUUUGGACAGAGGUGUCAAGAACACUGGACGCACGUGUGUUUCUCUUCUGACUGUGAAGCUUCAGAGUGGCAACAAGAAAAGAUACACCUGCCAGUUUGAAGAUAACAAUACUGUAAAGAUAGAAGCUCACUACACACCUGUCCUCAUAGAUUCCACCCCGAACAAGGCUUUCAUCAUCAUUGGUGCUGUGAUGCUGAUGCUGGUGGUUGCCAUCAUCGCUGCUGUUUUCAUCAAAUACAGGAGGCAUGCUAAAGUGACAGAGGACAUUCAAACACCCACCCGACCCAAACAUAAUGAGGAAAUACUUCAAGGAGUCUUGGGCCAGUUGAUCUCGGAUGAGCCAGAGAGCAGCAUCACCUAUGCUACUAUUGACCACACUGAUCAAAAUGCCUCACUGAGGAAAACUGUUAAAAAGGAGGAAGCGGUGACUUAUUCUGCAGUGAAGACAAAGGUAGAAAGUGACCCCAGCGGCUUCUACAGGUGUACCCUGCCUCUCACCCUAAGACAGCUGGGAUGGGCUCCUGCCACCCUGAAAAGGAUGGUUUCAGCAUCUCCAUCAAACCCUGACCUACAGAUGAAUGGAAACAUCACAUUAAAGUGCUCUUUGUUCAGACUCAGUAGCCUCCCUUGUGACGAGAUAAGCAUCCGCUGGGUGGAUGACACAGGAACUGUGGUGCUUGAUAAAGUCAGAUACACUGGACGCACAUGCAUUUCACUUUUAACUGUGAAGCUUCACAGUGACCACAACAAACGAUACACCUGCCAGAUUGUUGAGGAAAACAAUGUGAAGAUGGAAGCUCACUACACACCUGUCUUCAUAGACUUCAGAGAGUCCAUGGAGCAGUCUCCGCUGAGCUAUGCCAUGUGGCAUCUUCGCAUGGCAGCACUGAUCCUAAUGAUUGUCAUCACUAUUUUAGUCAUCAGAUACAGAGGAAACAAAAAGCUUCUUGAAGAGAGCAACGUUCGUUAUGUUGGUGACUGCGAUGAUGGCACAGUGAUCUAUGAAAAUGUGACAAAGUCUGGCUGACCCUGAACUGCAAUGAACUUCAGAGCACAUACUUCAGCUCAACAUUUUCUUAAUCCCUUUGCAACUACUUAGAUUCUCUUUAACUCUUUUGUAUAUUAACAAUAAUGUAAUGUACACCAUCCAACUAAAAAAAUAGACUUGUAACCAGGUUUAGUCUUUUUUGGUCAAUUCUUACUUUCUACCUACUGA